GGACCCUCCACUUAGCUGGUUUGGCUGGCAUGGCUGCGCGUGCUGCUGUUAUGACUGUAGCUUUAGCUCUAAAGGACAUCGUGGACUGGAUCAGAUACAUCAGCACUGCUGCCACUUUUGGCUUUGUGGCUCUUUUUGAGAUUGGCCCUGGCCCUAUCCCCUGGUUCAUUGUGGCAGAACUCUUCUGCCAGGGCCCACGACCUGCAGCCAUGGCAGUGGCCAGUUGUUCCAACUGGACCUCCAAUUUCUUGGUGGGAAUGCUCUUCCCCUAUGCAGAGGAACUAUGUGGCUCCUAUGUCUUCUUCAUCUUCCUUGUUUUCCUGGUCAUCUUCUUUGUCUUCACAUUCUUCAAAGAGCCAGAGACCAAGGGCAGGACUUUUGAAGACAUCUCGAGGGGCUUUGAAGGACGAGGAGCGAACACCCCCACGUCACCCCAGAAGAGCCCCAUGGUGGAGCUGAACAGCAUACAAGCUGACAAAGCAGCUGCCUAAGAUCCAUGACACACCCAUUCUUCAACUCUUACAUG